CAAACUCAACGUGCUGGCCUUUGAGCUCUGUGAGAAUCCCCCACAACCUACGACGACAUCAUGCCUCCCAGGCUCAACAUCCCACCCAUAACUCGAAUCCUCCUCAUUGUCCUGGUCUUUCAGUCUCUGCUGAGCGGCGCCAUACGAUACAGACAAUGGAAUGGAGAGAAUGAUGUCGUGGUUCCGUACCUUGCCCUGGUACCACAACUUUCCUUGAUAUAUCCCUGGACCUUUAUUACCACGACGCUGGUGGAGAAUAAUGUCUUUACUUUUGCCAUAGCCGGCGUGACCAUCUUCUAUGGGGGGAGAUAUCUGGAGCGCGCCUGGACCUCGGUCGAGUUUGUCAAGUUCCUAGCUGUGGCAGCUGUGAUACCAAACAUCAUCUGCUUUGGCAUUCUGGUCUUCUUCUUUGCAUUAACAGGAAAUGUCGAGUGGACGUGAGUUCAUAAACCUGCCCAAGAAACAUCCUCAUACUAACAUUCUCCAGUUUGUUAACUAUCAAUGGCACCAUUCCCCUCCAAAUCGCCUUCCUCGUAGCCUUCUCCCAACUCGUCCCCGCGCAUACAGUAACCCUCUUCAAGGGCAUCAUCUCCCUUCGAGUUCCCCGCUUUCCCCUUCUCCAUAUCCUUUCCGUCUUCCUCCUCGCCCUCACCCCGAUCCUUAGCGCAGCCUCCUUCUUCCUCGUCCUCAACGGCUUCAUAACAAGCUGGGCCUACCUCCGCUUCUACAAACCCGCCUUCCCAGAUCUAGAAGCGACUCAAAAUGCCACCUUGCGGGGCGACGCCAGCGAAACCUUUGCGUUCUCGGAAUUCUUCCCAGAUCCUGUCAAGCCCGCUAUAUCCGAUUUCUCAAAUCAAAUCUUCAACAUCCUCGUCGCGUUCAAAAUCUGCACUCCCUUCUCAGCCGCGGAUCUCUCGGCUCCAAGAGGAGAAUCAGUCAUGCAAAGGGGGACACCAGGGAGUGCGCGCGCGGAAGCGGAACGCAGGAGGGCGAUUGCGUUGAAAGCCCUGGAUCAGAGAUUACACGCUGCGACCACGGUGCCGAAGCCUAAACCACCACCUCCUGUGGUUGCGGGACCGAGUGUGCAGGUUCAGCCGCAGCCCAAUGUCCCGGAACCGACGGCGAUGCUGGGGGAGACGAGUUAUGUUCCUGAGAGGGAGGAUGGGAAGGAUGGGCAGUGAUGGGGUUUGGUAGAGAGAAAGGAAACGGGAAUUAGAAAGGGCAGGGGCAAUUGAUGAUUUUUGUUAUAUACGGGACUGUCUACCUUUGUCUGUCUGUCUGAUUAGGACUGUGUUUUUGGUACUUGUGGUUUUCCUAUUUUCUUUUCAUUUAAUUUCAGCUUUGUUGGGGAGGUUUUCUGAUGGGGGCGUCACGGAAAGGGCAAGGUAAGAUUACUGUAGGUAGGUAGGUAUGGAGGAAUCAAUG